AUGGGCAAUACAUCACAAUCACGUACGACAUCGUCUUCGAAAAAGACAGAAGAUAAUUCUAAACAAAACACUGAAAUAUAUGAAAAAAUUCUUCGUCUAUUAUCACUUUUAUGUACUGAUGAUCAGUUUCCUCUCUGUAUAUUUCGACAAGGAACUGAUAUAUCAUCACAUUAUCGAAUCAUCGAAACUGUUUUAUCUUCAACAAAAUCAGAAGAUUUUUCAAUUCUUUUAGUCAAACUUAUUUGGAAUGAUCGUAUGAGUAUUCCUCGACAUGAGAUAACUAAGCUAUUUCAUGACUGUUGUAUAUUUGAUUUAAAACAAGCUUUAACCGAAGAUAUGACAAUAUUUCAAACUAUUAUACUUGAUGAUCAAUGUUUUUCAGCAUUGACAAACAGUAUUGAAACAAAUAAUACAACAUCUGAUAUUGAACAAGAAAAAUUUUAUCAAUGGAUACGUAUACAAUUUCCAACAUUGUUCUAUAUAUUUGAAAUGUGGCUUCGUAAACAUUCGACAUUAUCUAAAAGUAAUAAAACUUCUCAAGAAGCAUCUGCAUCUGCAUCGAAUCGUUCAUUAAUGAAAAUGAAUAAUAUUCUUAAUCCAACUUUGGUAUGGUUAUUAACUCAUAACAUUCCUAAUUUGUAUCUAUCAGCAGAUAAUUCUUGUACAACUUUAUUAGACCGUAUGUCUUCAGUCUUGUAUGAUCAAAUGUGGGAUCAUUUAUAUAAUAGUCAUCAUGAUGGAUCAAGUUUGAAUAGAUUUCAACAUCAUAUUUUUGGUUAUAAAGCACCAAUAAUUAUUUUAUUUGAAAUAUCAAAUGGUUAUUUAUUUUGUUUAUGUUGUGAUGAAGAAUUCAAAGAAUCACCUAAACAUUAUGGUGGUAUUCAAGCAUGUUUAUUUCAAUUAAAACCUACAUUUAAACUUGUUAUUGAGGGUCCAAAUAUUAUUUUUAUGAAUACGAAAUUACGUGGUUUAUCAGCACCUGGCUUAUUUAUUGGUCGUGAUCUUGCACAUACAUUUCUAAAUAUUGAUGGUGAUUUUUUCAAUGUAAAACAUUUAAAUGGUGAAGGUCGUUUAGUUGCUAUUGAUGUAUGGGGUGUUGGAGGUAGAAAAAGUGCUGAAGAACAGAAUAGUAUGCGUCAAUGGGAAAACAGACAAGUUGAAAAAUCUAGCAAAGUUAAGAGAUCAUAUGAAGAAGAAGAAGCUAUUUUAAACAUGGCUGGUAUUGUAACACGUCAUGAUCAAGAACAAUUAUAUAAUAAUUAA